AUGGUUCGAGGAAAUAUUGACACAACACCUGUCUCGGAAACACAGAUAGAGUGCGGGAGGCGAGAGGCGGGAUCCAACCAGGGCGAUAGUGCCUGGAGCGAGGGGAUAGCACUGAUACCUGGGUCUUCACAGAAGUCUGAUGUACACGCGACACCGACUCCCGCACGUGGAGACACCAGGGCAUACGCUGACCUCCAUGACGCCUGCUGGAAUGGGAACCUGGCGGAGGUGAAGCGGAUCCUGGACACAGGUCGGGCUGACGUCAACUGUAGAGAUGUGCUCGGGUUGACACCGGUGAUGUCGGCAGCAUGGGGGGGACACAGGGAUGUGGUGGAGCUCCUUGUGAUUCGAGGUGCUGAUGUGUCACUGAUGGACAAUGUCGGUGACAACAUCCUUCACUGGGCCUGUGGGAGAGGAGACAGGAAGACAGUGGAGUUUGUCCUGUCUCUGGACGGGGUGGACAUCAACGCCAGGAACAACUACGGGAAGACAGCGGCCGACGUGGCGAGAGACAGGGGACAUCAUCAACUGUCGGAUCUCUUGGUGUCACAUGGUACACAGUGAAGUGAAUGUAGUGUUGACGUAGACAGUGAUGGAGGACAUGUCGUGACUGACACUAACGUGGUGUGGGACGUUCACGUCGUCGCGUUGUUUAUAAUUCAGUAUGAAGGUGAGAAUAUUUGUUGUGUUUGAAGAGAAAUAAAACUUGUUGAGAACA